GCCCUUGACUCUCGUUCGGAGCCGUGGGCCAAUCAGGAGCGACCUCCUCGACGCGUCGACCAAUCAGAUCCGACGCAGCGCUAUUUGAAUGCGGCUCGUGCGCUGUGAUGUUUACCUGCAGAUCUCGCUGUCCACGGAGCUCUUCGGCACCUCGCGCUCAAAGAGAACAAGAAAGAGACCAAAGCCCACGCGCCGCCGCUUCAACUCGCUCUUCGUCCCUUUUUCGUUUUUUUUUUAUCUCUGCUCAACAAUGUCUUCCGUCGACGUUCGUCUCGUGCAGCUUCCGGCCGCAGAGAACCCGGGCAAGAUGGUUAAAAACACCGCCGGUGUGAGGAGAGCUGCGCUCGGAGAGAUCACCAACUUCACCGCGGCGCCGGCGGUCAACACCAAGAAAACCGGACCGGCCAAAGCGUCGGGGAAACCGGUCCAGAAGGCUCAGGUGGUGCUGCUUCCACAGGUCCGGGUCCCGGCCCCCGAGCCUCUCCCCGCGGAGUCGGCCGACGUGUCCAUGAGGGAGGAAGAAGAGGAGGUUCUGUGCCAGGCGUUCUCCGAGGCUCUGCUCACCGUGCAGGAUGUCGACGAGGAGGACUCGGAGCAGCCGCAGCUCUGCUCGGAGUACGUGAAGGACAUCUACGCCUACCUGCACGUCCUGGAGGUGCAGCAAGCCGUACGAGCCAACUACAUGCAGGGUUACGAGAUCUCCGCAGGCAUGCGGGCCCUUCUGGUGGACUGGCUGGUCCAGGUCCACUCCAGGUUCCAGCUGCUGCAGGAGACCCUGUACCUCACCGUCGCCGUCCUGGAUCGGUUCCUCCAGGUCCAGCCGGUGUCUCGCAGGAAGCUGCAGCUCGUCGGCGUGACCGCCAUGCUGGUGGCCUGCAAGUACGAGGAGAUGUACGCGCCGGAGGUCGGCGACUUCGCCUACAUCACGGACAACGCGUUCACGACGGCCCAGAUUCUGGAGAUGGAGACGCUGGUUCUGAGGACUCUGAACUUUGAGCUUGGACGUCCUCUUCCGUUGCACUUCCUCCGACGGGCCUCCAAGGUGGCCAGUUCUGACGUAGAGAGACACACGCUGGCCAAGUACCUGAUGGAGCUCACGCUGCUCGACUACGACAUGGUGCACUACCGGCCCUCCGAGAUCGCCGCCGCCUCGCUGUGCCUCUCCCAGCUGCUGCUCGAAGGGCUGCCGUGGUCUCCCACACAGCAGCACUACUCGACUUACGAAGCGGCCCACCUGAAGCCCGUCAUGCAGCACAUCGCCCGAAAUGUCGUGAUGGUGAACGAGGGGAAGUCAAAGUUCCAGGCCGUCAAGAACAAGUACUCGAGCAGCAAGCUGAUGAAGAUCAGCCUCGUCCCCCAGCUGACGUCGGCCAUCGUCAAGACCAUGGCGGCCGCGCUGGCCAAGGGCCCCUGAAGGCCACCGGCUCGCCCGUGGACGUCACACCUGCACUUUACUACUUUCCUUUUUUUUUCAGAUUGAUCACAAUCUGUGGAGACUCUAGACCCGCUUUUAAAUAAAUGUUUUUAAUUUUU